ACAACAGUCCGUCACUCGCAGUUGUAACUAAUUCUUCAAAGUAUUUGCUCACGACUACAUUAUUUUGUGGAGAUUUAAGUGGUAAUUAAAAAUAACAGAAGUCGUGACUUAUGUAUGUGAAAGCAGUGAACAUAGCGACUAAAAAUCAGUGUUAGAUUUUUUUAUGAACGUGAAGACGGCUAUAGCUUCCAAUAAAAUAUAAAAAAUAAAAUCAAACAUUUCGCCUCGUAAAAAAAACUUUAGAUGUAAAAAAAUAUGUUAUUUACCAACGAAGAUAAAAAGGGGCAUUAGGAUUUUGUAAAAAAAAUUGUGUGUAUCAUUUUUAGCAAAAGUUUUUAUGCCAUCACUAGCAUGUUUUUUUUAUGUGAAAAACUUCUGUGUCUAGAAAUGUGUUUUUUAAAAAUGUAAUUUACAAUUUUCAAAGACUUUGGCGGUAGAUGAAUUGUUUUAAAAAUCAAAUACCAGAAACUUUCGUGAACAUAAGGACUUUUCCUCAAUGAAAGUGUUUAAUAUAAGUGUUGUACCACAGAUUAAUAAUAAGUUACUAACUUUGUACUUAAUGCAAACCUUACAUACGGAGAUGAGAUAAUAGUUAGAUAGAAAACAAAAACAGUAUGACAGGCCUAACCUCCAUAGCAGAAGAUAAAGAGGAGGUCCACCUGGACUCAGUGUUGAGGAAGCUGGGUACGUUCGGGCGACACCAGGUGGCGACACUGUUCAUGCUAGCCCUAGUGUACGCCACGGGGACUAUGUACAAUGUGAACUAUGUCUUUGCUGUGGAAGAGGUGCAUUACAGGUGCAAACUGCCAAAUUGCGACAACAGCAGUUUCCCAGUUCCCUGGCUCAACAUCUCCUCACCAGAUUCAACUAAAGAAGGCAUCAAGCAGUGCUCAAGAUACCAGCUCCUUGAAGACAGCUGUUCACCGGUAUUUGGGAACAGCAGUGAGGUGUGCCGGGAGUGGGUAUAUGAAGACCCUCACAGCUUUGUGGCUGAGUUCGGCCUAGCAUGCGAAGAAUGGAAGCGGGCGUUGGUGGGCACGGCGCAUAUCUUCGGGAACAUGCUAGGGCUACUCGUGCAAGGACAAAUCUCUGACAGGUUUGGAAGAAAGACAGCGGCGGUGUUCUCCGGCACUAUGGGCGGCGUGCUGGGCCUGGCCAAGAGCUUCGCUACCUCCUACUGGCCUUACGUGGUCUUGGAGGCGCUCGAGGCGGCCAUCGGAGACGCGCUUAGCCCCAUAUUUAUGCUUAGUAUCGAGUUCGUAGCGAAAGAAAAAGCAGUUCUCUACCAAAUGAUUCUCCUCAACGUGGCGACUUGCGGUCUCAUCAUUCUUCCCUUCAUUGCCUGGGCCAUCCCCUACUGGAGAUACUUCCUCCGCGUCAUCUACGCCCCCGCACUCAUCCUUCUCACCUACACCUUCUUCCUUGACGAGAGCAUCCGAUGGCUCUUCAGCAAAGGAAAAAAGGAACGUGCUAUUAAAAUCAUUGAAAAGAUUUCUAAAAGGAACAAUGUUACUGUAGAUAAACAGAUACUUAAUAAGCUAGACUAUAAAGAAGAGGAAGAAUCAACGGAUUUUAGUGAUUGGAAGUUGCUGCUGAAGACGUUUAAGUCCAGGAUAAUGAUGCAGAGAUUCUUAGUGUGCAUGGUGUGGUGGUUCACGAUAACGCUGAUAAACUACGGGAUGAUGAUCAGCUCGGUGUCGUUCGGCGGGAACAAGUUCGUGAACUUCUCGCUGCUGAUGGUGAUGGACGUCCCGGCGAACGUGCUGUACUGGGUGGCACUGGCCAAGUACCGGAGGAAGCUGCCGCUGCUGCUGUCCUUCCUGGUUGGAGGCGUGUUUUGUGUGGCACAGCCUUUUGUACCAUCAGAAUACGCAUGGGCGGGUCUGACGCUGCUGAUGGCCUUCGAGAUGCUGGCCACCUUCUCCUACAACAUCGUGUACAUGUACACUUCUGAGCUCUUCCCUACCUACACCCGGAACUCUCUGGUUGCCGUCUGUUCCUCAGUAGGCAGGGUAGGAGCUUUGCUUGCCCCGCAGGCUCCUUUACUGAUGACAUACUGGAUCGGCUUCCCCCCUCUGGUCUUUGGUUCCCUGUCUCUUCUCUGCGGUGUGUUAACCCUUUCAAUGCCCGAGACGGCGGGCUGUGAGUUACCCGACACUGUGAAAGAAGCCGAGCAGAUCGGCAAAAAGAAGACGGAGAUACAAGCAGAAAUGGUCACGCUGAAAGGCACGCCGGUCACGUAAACUGAGGACGUGAUAAAAAAGAAGAAAGUAAAAACAGAUUUAGAAGAAACAAGUCUGUAGGUACUAAAGUCGCUAAAGACACGUUUGUUUGCAGAACCAUCAACGUUUAACAUAGCGAAUUGUCAUUGCAGGAAAGUCUCAAAAUAUAAAUGUAGAUGAACGAUAUGUUUGAAAGCUAUUUGUGUAUCAUGUUGUAUAAGAGAAUAUAAAGUUUGAUGAGAAGUGAGAUAUGGAGACAUAUUUCAGUUCAGAUAAUGGUAUGAUUUUGUAUAUUUGUUAUGUUAAGAUAGUAUUUGUUGUUAUUGUUGAAAUAGUUUUUAGGAUUGCGAUGUGAUCGAAAAAGUAAAUAUACAAAUAGCUCUUUUUUAAGUUAUGAAUCACUUGCAUAACUACCUCAUAGUUAACAAAAUUAGAUAAACAAAAACUAUUCCUUACCAACGUAAAAAAGUAAAGUUUAUAUUUGCAAUUCAAAAAUAAAA